AUGUUGACUGUAGAGAAGCAGUGGAUUAAUGUCCAGCAAAAGACAUUCACAAAGUGGUUAAACAGCAAGCUCAAGGUCCGGGAUAUCGCCAUUAAUGACCUGGUGGCCGAUCUUUCAGACGGAGUCAUCCUCAUUCACAUCCUCGAGAUACUUGGGAACGAGUCACUUGGUCGAUAUGCCUCCAAGCCGAAACUUCGAGUCCAGAAGUUCGAGAACGCGAACAAAUGUCUCGACUUCAUCAAAGGGCGAGGGAUACAGAUGACAAAUAUCGGAGCAGAGGACAUUGUCGACGGGAACAGGAAGAUAAUACUGGGCCUGAUAUGGACACUCAUUCUACGGUUCACGAUCAGCGACAUUAGCGAAGAGGGCAUGACAGCAAAGGAGGGACUGUUAUUAUGGUGCCAACGGAAAACUGCCUGUUAUCCUGGUGUGGAAGUGAGGGACUUCUCCUCGAGCUGGAACGAUGGGUUGGCAUUCUGCGCACUGCUGGACAUCCAUCGACCUGAUCUGAUUGAUUUCGACGCUUUGGAUAAGACGGAGCAUAAGAAGAAUAUGCAGCUGGCCUUUGACAUUGCUGCAGAGGAGAUUGGGAUUCCAGACUUGCUCGAUGUCGAGGACGUGUGCGACGUUGCAAAGCCGGACGAGAGGUCUCUCAUGACCUAUAUCGCAUACUGGUUCCAUGCCUUUUCGCAGCUUGAGAAGGUGGAGAACGCUGGAAGGCGUGUUGAGAAAUUUGUCCAGAACAUGCAAGGGGCGUGGGAAAUGCAAAACUCAUUCGAACGCCGGAUGAGGGCUUUGCUCAAGAAUAUCGCAGCCCAACAUCAGCAGUGGCUAGACUCGUCGUUUGAGGGAACGUACGCAGAUGCCAAAGAGCAAGCGAGCGAAUUUGCUGCAUACAAGAAGAACCAGAAGCGCGAGUGGGUUGCUGAGAAAUCUGAUCUCGCCGCACUUCUGGGGAAUAUCAAAACAAAACUGAGCACAUACCGCCUGCGAGCCUAUGAUCCGCCGCCAGAGCUUAGGCUAGAGGUUUUGGACGAUGCAUGGGCUAGUUUGACUAGCUAUGAACACAAACGAAGCCAGCUGAUUAACGAAACUAUCCGUGAUAUCAAAAACGCCCUUCGUCGAUCCUUUGCAGACAAGGCAAACGAUUUUGCAUUAACCUUAAACACUCUAUCUCUUGCAAUAUCAGGCCUCGAGGGAGACGUCGAGGAUCAGCUAACACACGUUCGGCGGCUGAGCGAUAACCUUCCUCCUCUAGACGCCUUCCUUGAUACAAUCGAAGAUCUCGACGAACAGUGUGAAGAAGCUAACAUUGAAGAGAACGACUUCACAACAUACACUUUUGAAGAGCUAUCAUACGAACUUAGCCUUGUCAAGUCGAGUGUAGCGAAGAAGUUGGCAUUCUUAGAAAACCAGAUGGUUGCGCGGAAUAUGACCAAUCUUACACCCAUACAACUCGAAGAAUUUGAGUCUGUAUUCAGACAUUUCGACCGAGAUGAUACAAAUACACUGCAUGAAAUAGAAUUUUCAGCCGCACUGGCCAGUCUAGGAUUGGUGUAUGAUGAGGACGAAAUGCAUGAAGUCUUUGUGGAAACGUGCGGACCAGGCCGUCUAGAGAGAAAUGCAGGAGUCAGCUUUGAACAGUUUAUUCGGUUCAUGGUCAGCGUGACAGAGGAUCAGAAUACGGCUGAACAGGUCCUCCAGAGUUUCAAGGAGGUAGCUGAUGGGAAGCCAUAUGUUACGGAACUUGACCUUCGACAUUCCCUUAUACCUGAUGAACUUAUCGAGAACCUAGUAGAGUCAAUGCCCAAACACUCGGGACCCGAUCUCCUAGAAGACAGGGAGGUGCCAAAAUACGACUAUAUGACCUUUAUGGAGCAUAUGAUGAAUAAGGGUGGCCAUGGUAAUGAUGUUGGCGGCGAAGCUAACAACACUGGAUAG